AUGGAGGGCAACAAAGACGAGGCACAGCGCUGCAUCGACCUCGCAGUGCAAUCCCUGGCCGAGGGCAAAAUCGACAAGGCAGAAAAGUUUCUACUCAAGGCAGAGAGACUCUAUCCCACGGAGAAUGCAAAGAAGCUACUGGCUAGGGUGAAGAGCACCCCUGGCAGCGGCAGCAAUGGCAAGUCUCGACCAGCAGCUGCCGCCGAUGAGAAGGACAGCGGACCCAGAAAGCGCACCAAUUCGGAUUCGCGUAACGCCGCUCCCGACUACUCCAACGAUCAGCUAGAGGCUGUGCGCAAGAUCAAAAAAUGCAAAGACUACUACGAGGUAUUGGGCGUCAGUAAGACCGCCACGGAUUCGGAGAUCAAGAAGGCCUACAAAAAGUUGGCCCUACAAUUGCAUCCCGACAAGAACAAGGCUCCUGGCGCUGUGGAGGCCUUCAAGGCACUCGGCAAUGCUGCUGGCGUCCUGACCGAUGCGGAGAAACGCAAGAAUUAUGAUCUGUAUGGCAUAAACGAGACGAGCAGUGGACACAGUCAUAAUAAUGGAGGCGGAAACCAUGGCCAUGGACAGUACUACAAUGAAUAUGGAUACUCGCGCGGCUUCCAGGCCGACAUCAGUGCCGAGGAGCUCUUCAAUAUGUUCUUCAAUGGCGGUUUCCCACAACAGAAUGUGUACAUGCGCCAGCAACGCCGUCAACGGCAGCAACGUGAGGAUCGAGAGGGAAAUAAUUCAUCGGCUUUGAUUAAUUUGUUGCCCAUCUUGCUGCUCAUUGGCCUGUCCAUGAUGUCGUCCUUCUUUAUCUCUGAUCCUAUGUACAGCUUGACGCCCUCGCAUAAAUACUCGGUGAAGCGUGAGACGAACGUCCUAAAGGUUCCUUACUAUGUCAAGGAGAAUUUCUAUUCAGAGUAUCAGGGUUCAGUGGCGCGACUGGAGGAGUCUGUUGAGGAGGACUUUGUCAAUCAUCUCAAGCACUCUUGCAGUCGUGAACGCAACUAUCGUGACUCUAUGUUGGCCAAGGCGCGUACGUUUGGCGAUCGGGACCUGUAUCGCAAGGCGCAGAAUAUCAAUACGCCUUCGUGCGAGAAUCUGCAAAAGUAUUUAAUCACAUAAUCUAGUUAAACGUCGAUGCUACACGAAAUUUCCCUUUUCAAAAGCCAUUUCCCUUGGUUGUAGUUUGUUUCCCCCUCAUUUCCACACCUCCCCCCACAUACACACCCAUUGCUUAUAGUUGUUAUAAAUGAAUUUCAUUGUUUUAUCAUUUGAUUGUUAUCAUUUUUAUAUGUGUACUGAAACACCUUUCCUAUCCUUACCAUCCUCGACCAAUCAAAAUAGAGUUUUUAUAUGGCUUGAAGGUAAAAACUGGCAGAGUUCGUGGUAGAAGAUGUUGUCCUUCUCCAGCAGUUGAAUAUAUAAAUUAUAGUGCAAUACCAUUUAGCCACCUCCACCCCCCUCUGCGGCAUGUUUGAAAGCAAAGCAAAGCGAAGCGAAGCGAGCGCAACUGCCAUUAAGUCACAUCACGUAUCUACGAGUACGAGUAUCUAUAAGUGGGAGGCUGAAAUCCAUGGAUAUAUGUGCUUUUUUCAUUAUUUAGAAUUCGGAUAUUUAGACAUAAUGCAAAUGAUACGAUGAUACAUUCAUACAAUACAU